GGAUACAAAAGACAUAUUGUAAAGUUUUUGAUUUUAAACACUGAUGGCGUUGAUGAUUAAAUCUGCUUGAUCGACAAAAAAACAUAACCUAACAACUGACUACAACAACUUUAAAGAACGUUUAAUAUCAAUAACUUUGAAAUGUUGUUCAUUAAUUAAUGACUGGAAUAAAUACAAGUUAAAAGUUUUUUAUCGAUAACAAUUGUUGGUGAAUAUUUGUUUUUACUGUAAAUAAUAUAAUUGUUGACAAAAUGUCUGAAGAAGAAGUUGACGAUUAUUUCUUCAUGAAUCGUCCUAGACGAAAAUUUACUAAAGAACAACAAAUGCUUGGUAUGUGGGCUGAUGACAGUGAUGAAGAGGAGCUCCCUGCAAGAGCUCCAACCAGAGUCUUCAAUAAAGGGCCAAAAAAUUAUACUGCUCCAGUAAAUUUUGUUGCUGGUGGUAUUCAGCAAUCAGGAAAACCUGUAGAAGAGAAGAAAGAUGAAGAAAAGAAAAAAGAUGACGAUGAUGAUGAAGAAUCAAUGGACGUUAUGAACACUUCUAGUGAGUCAGAUGAUGACAAUAUAAAAAACAUGAAACCAAGAUCAUUUGCUAUGAGAUUGGAAGGCGAGGGAAUAGCAGGGUUACGUAAAAAAAGAACACCAAUUAAUCCAGCUUUGAUGAAAACUGGAGUUGGUAGCUGGGAAGUUCACACGAAAGGAAUAGGAGCUAAACUGCUGCUUCAGAUGGGUUUCGAGCCUGGAAAAGGAUUAGGAAAACAAUUACAAGGAAUAAGUGCUCCAGUAGAAGCUCAUUUGAGAAAAGGAAGAGGGGCUAUUGGUGCAUAUGGACCAGAGAAAGUUGCAAAAGUUCCAGAAAAGAAAGACGAAGAUGCGGAGAAGGAAAAAGAAUUCAAAGCUAAAUUAGCACAUUGGCGUAAAACUGAUGGUAACGUGAAGAAAAAGACUAAAUAUACGUACAGAAGUGCGGAUCAAGUAGUGGAAGAAGGAAAACUAAAACCAGGAUUAAAAGGACCAAUUGGAAAUGAUAUGAGUCGAGUCAAAGUUAUUGACAUGACUGGACCAGAGCAGAGAGUAUUAAGUGGUUAUCAUGCUAUUGCUGGCCAGAAAAGACCAGAGGAAUUAAUCACAGACAUUGAUAGAAAAUCUUUAACGAAUUUUUCUUUACCAGAACUUCUUCACAAUUUAAAUUUAAUUGUCGAAAUGUGUGAACAGAAUAUUAUUCAAAAUGACAGGCGUACUAGACAUUUAAGUGAUAGAGUUGUAGCUCUGGAAGCGGAGAAAAAAAAUAUGAUGAAGGUCAUAACCAACCAUGAAAAGCUUAUUGAUACUCUAGAAAACGUUCUUACAAUAGUGGAUAAAUUAAUGGAUAACAAUGAUGAAAUGACUCUAGAAGAAACAGCUGUAGCGUUUAAAAAACUUCAAGAUGGAUAUUAUGAAGAAUAUAAAGCAUAUGGAUUAGGAGAAUUAGCUAGUAGUCUUGUAGUUCCCAAAAUUAAAAGCUGUUUAAGUAGUUGGAAUCCAUUAAUAGAAUCUAGUCAACAUAUACACAUGAUUAAAGAGUGGAAAAAUAUUCUAGAAGUUGGAACAGACUCUCUUCAACCGAAAAAUGGAAUGUAUCCAUAUGAUCAAUUGAUUUGGAAUUCUUGGAUGCCAUCAAUUCGCGGUGCUGUACAAGAGUGGAUUUGUAAACAGCCGGAUCCAUUGAUUGAAUUGUUAGAAAAUUGGAUGCCAUUGUUACCUCGAUGGAUUUUAGAUAAUAUUUUAGAUUUAUUAAUACUUCCAAAGUUGACGUUAGAAGUAGAAGAGUGGAAUCCACUUACUGAUACCAUUCCAAUUCAUACUUGGAUUCAUCCGUGGUUACCAUUGAUGGGAAAUCGUAUGGAUAUUUUAAUAUAUCCAAUAAUUCGUCGUAAAUUAGGAUCAGCUCUUGGAGGUUGGCAUCCUUCUGACAGAUCAGCACGAUUAAUAUUAGAACCGUGGUCAGAAGUCUUUUCGAAAGGCGAUAUGGAAGCAUUUUUAGUUAAAAAUAUCUUGCCCAAGUUGCAAAUUGUGCUUUCUGAUUUUAUUAUCAACCCACACCAACAACAUUUAGAUCCAUGGAACUGGGUGUAUGAGUGGGCUUCUUUGUUACCAACUCACACGAUGGUUGGUUUAUUAAAUGAAUUUUUCUUCCCCAAGUGGUUGCAAGUAUUAUCUUCAUGGCUUAACCACUCGCCUAAUUAUGAACAAAUCACUCACUGGUAUAUGGGGUGGAAAAAGAUGCUAAAUGAAAAAUUAUUAGCAGAACCUAUCAUACAAGAACAUUUCAAUCAAGCAUUAGAAAUGAUGAAUCACACUGCUAUCGCAUCUCAAGGUCAUCAACCUGGUGCUAUGGAACAAGUUUCAUAUCUGACAAGUUUAGAAAGAACUCAGUCACAAAUUCCGGUUACUCCACAACCGAGAAUAGAGAAUAUUGUAGAAGCUGUUCGUUUUGCAUCACGAAUGCCCCAUGGUUUUAAAGAACUUGUUCAGCAAAAAUGCGAAGAUAGGGGUAUUCUCUUUAUGCCGAUUCCGAAUCGAUAUCGUGAAGCUAAACAAGUUUAUAAAGUUGGAAAUGUGCAAGCUUAUAUCGAUGGAAAUUCUCUUUUCGUCAAUCACAAAAAUUCUAAUUGGAUACCAACAAAUCUCAAUUCUCUACUCGACAUGGCUGAAAUUUAAUUACUUAAUACAUUAUCAUGUAAGACUA